AUGCAGCCCCCAAUGCCCUCGGCAACGGCCACCUGGCACAAUGAUACCUACCCGGCCAUCUCACCCUCACGACCUGAGCUCAGCGCCGGGGACAAGACGAUUGUCAUCAUUGGAUCGGGCACCGGAAUUGGAAGGCAGACUGCAGUCUCAUUCGCAAAGGCUGGGGCAUCCCGUAUCGUCCUGCUAGGUCGCCGGGAGGAUAAGCUGAAGGAGACAGCGUCCCUGGUCGCCUCGGCCUCGGCAGUGACAGAAGCACUGGUCCGUACCGUGGACAUCACAGACUUUGACAGACUGAAAGAUGUUGCUGCCGAAGUGGGAAAGUGGAAUGUCAUCGUCAUAGCCUCUGUCUACCCAUCGGCAGCCUCGACCAUUGUUUCCACGGACGUGGACGAGUGGUGGCAGGGCUUCGAGACCAAUGUUAAGGGUCUCCUUCUGUCCCUCAAGGCAUUCGUUCCUACGGCAGUGGAGACCGGUGGCGCCGUCCUCACGCUCACGACCCAGGCAGUGGCCUUUCCGGUGACCCAUGUCCCAGGUGCCUCGGGGUAUAUUGCGUCCAAACUCGCACAGAUCAAGAUCAUGGAGUACCUGGCCGCCGAGAACCCGUCCCUUUUCGCUGCGACCGUCCACCCCGGCAUCUGUGACACGGCCGUUCUGGCCAAGAGCGGCAUGAAGCCGCACGAGGUUCCUCUGGACCGAAAUUUGGACGAUGCUGACAAGAGUCGACCAUCAGUUGAGCUUCCGGCCGACUUUUUGGUCUGGCUGGCUAGCCCCGAGGGGGCCUUCCUCAAGGGCCGGAUGGUGGCAGCCAAUUGGGAUGUAGACGAGCUCAAGACCCAGACUGAAAGCAUCCAGUCUGGUGGGGCCGAGUGUCAGCCCUGGAGGUCAGCAGAAUCGGGCCUGUCGUGUCUUUGGAGAGAAGGGAUCGACCAUGGAUUGAUAUUCUAG